AUGAUCAAGAUCUUCGGCGUGGGCCGCGGCAAGCGUGCGGAGGACUCGAGCUGUAAGUUUGGCUACAUGGAUCCAUUCUUCGGGAGACCGGAAGACUCGGACAUGGGCCAGGAAUCAAAGGAGGAUGAUGCCGAGGCACCUGCUACGAAAAAGAAGCAACCGGGAGAAAUUCGAAUGCAGAAGGAGUUGGAUGAGAUGGAGCUGCCACCGCAGUGCCACAUUAAUUUUCCGGACAAGAACAACCUGAUGCACUUCCAGAUCCAGAUCUCACCAGACGAGGGAUUUUGGAAAGGGGCGAGUUACACCUUCGUCUUCAAUGUUGCACCGCUGUAUCCGCAUGAGGCUCCCAAAGUCAAGUGUGAAACAAAGAUUUACCACCCCAACAUCGACCUACAGGGCAACGUUUGCUUGAAUAUCCUGCGGGAAGACUGGAAACCAGUGUUAUCCAUCUCAUCCGUGGUGUAUGGGCUUCUGUGCGCUCACAGAGCGGUCGUGCUGCAGCUAUCUGCAGCUCACACGGGUGACUGCGGCCACUUCCGUGUGCCAGGCGAUCCCUUGAACCAUGAAGCAGCCGAGGCAACAUAG